GCCGUGCGGGCUCCGCCUGGCAGUCGGGAGCGGGGCGGGGGGUGUGGAGGAGUUUGCGGAGCUCGCAAAGUGCGGUCCGCCGCCCCUCCUCCCUUUCUCCCUCCUUUCCUCCUCCAGUCCCGGGUGCCGCUGCACCUUGUGGCUGCUGCUGCUUGCCCACGGCUCCCCCCACCCCCCGGCGCCGCCUUGCAAAGUGUCCCCGCGUGCUGUCGCCCGCAGGCCCCAACUUGUGCUGCCCGCGGGGCCGGGAGGAGGAGGAGGAGGGGGCGGCCGACACGGGCUGACUCCAGGCUCGCGUCUGCUCCGCAGCUGCCGGCGGCGCCCGCGCGCGGGGCGGAUCGGCAUUAGCAUCGGCAUCGGGGGCCGGGCGAGGCCGGCGGGCAAAGUUUCUCGGCGGCGGCUCGGCCUCGGGGCGGGGGAGCGGAGGCGCCGGGCGGCGGAGGCGCCGGAGCUGAGGACUCGCUGCCGCUUGCCAUGAAGAGGAAACAGAAGCGGGUGCUGCAGAUGACGGCGGUGUUCACGGUGGCUUUAAUUUUCCUGCCUCACGUUGGGCUCUGGGCUUUGUACAAGGAGAAGCACCUGGUGAAAGCCGCGGAGCCGGGAGAGCAGCAGACAUUUCCACUGGGUCUGGGAGAUGGACAGCUCUUCACUUGGACAGAUGGCUUGAAAAGAAAGGACUGGCAUGACUACGAAAGUAUUCAGAAAGACGCUCUGCGUUCAGGGAAAGGUGAGCAUGGAAAGCCAUACCCUCUCACAGAAGAAGACCAUGAUGAUUCUGCUUAUAGGGAGAAUGGCUUCAACAUAUUUGUUAGCAACAACAUAGCCCUGGAACGAUCCCUGCCAGAUAUUCGUCAUCCUAACUGUAAGCACAAGGUGUACUUGGAAAAGCUGCCAAAUACUAGCAUAAUUAUCCCAUUUCAUAAUGAAGGUUGGACUUCACUUUUGCGAACUAUACACAGCAUUAUCAACCGGACUCCAGACAGCUUGAUAGCUGAAAUAAUUCUUGUAGAUGACUUCAGUGACAGAGAACACUUGAAAGAGAAGUUGGAGGAAUACAUGGCUCGUUUUGCCAAAGUAAGGAUUGUGCGCACCAAGAAACGAGAAGGGCUCAUUCGUACCAGGCUGCUAGGAGCCUCAAUGGCUAAAGGAGAAGUCUUGACAUUCCUGGAUUCCCAUUGUGAAGUCAACGUGAAUUGGCUGCCUCCCUUGCUUAACCAGAUUGCACUAAACCACAAAACUAUUGUGUGUCCCAUGAUCGAUGUCAUUGACCACAAUCACUUUGGCUACGAGGCGCAGGCGGGGGAUGCCAUGCGAGGAGCCUUCGACUGGGAAAUGUACUACAAAAGAAUACCGAUUCCUCCAGAGCUCCAGAGAGCUGAUCCUAGCGACCCUUUUGAGUCUCCUGUUAUGGCUGGAGGUCUGUUUGCUGUUGACCGAAAGUGGUUUUGGGAGCUGGGCGGCUAUGAUCCAGGUUUAGAAAUAUGGGGAGGAGAGCAGUAUGAAAUCUCUUUUAAGGUUUGGAUGUGUGGAGGUGGCAUGUUUGACGUUCCAUGUUCUAGAGUUGGGCACAUCUACAGGAAAUACGUCCCUUAUAAAGUUCCAUCUGGAACAAGUCUGGCACGAAACCUGAAGCGUGUGGCAGAGACAUGGAUGGAUGAGUUUGCAGAAUACAUUUACCAGCGGCGGCCCGAGUACAGACACCUCUCAACUGGUGAUAUCUCUGCCCAGAAGGAGCUUCGCAAGCACCUCAAGUGCAAGGAUUUCAAGUGGUUCAUGACUGCUGUGGCUUGGGAUGUCCCCAAGUAUUAUCCACCUGUGGAGCCUCCACCUGCUGCCUGGGGGGAGAUUCGAAACGUGGCAGCCAAUCUCUGUGUUGACAGUAAACAUGGGGCCACAGGGACUGAACUAAGAUUAGAUGUCUGUGUGAAGGAUGGCUCAGAACGGACGUGGUCGCAUGAACAGCUCUUUACCUUUGGUUGGAGAGAAGACAUCCGCCCUGGGGAACCUCUUCACACUAGGAAGUUCUGCUUCGAUACCAUUUCACAGAGUAGCCCUGUCACACUGUAUGACUGCCACGGGAUGAAGGGCAACCAGCACUGGAGCUAUCGGAAGGACAAAACUUUGUUCCAUCCAGUAAGCAACGGCUGCAUAGAUUGCAACCCGGCUGAGAAGAAGAUUUUCAUGAACAGAUGUGAUCCUUUAUCUGAAACUCAGCAGUGGAUUUUUGAACAUAUUAAUAUGACUGUUUUAGAAAAAUUUAACAGCAAGGGCAGUUCCUAGGGAAAAAAACAGACGAUUACAUAUAGAUUGCAAACUACAUUUUGGCCAGCAUCUGGGUCGAAGGAGUCAGGAAUUAAAUUUCCUAGAUCCAGGAAGUCUGUUCUGAGGAUUAAGAAAAUGCCACGGCAAAGGCCAAUGGGCUGUCAUUAUGGAUGUACAGAAGAACUUGGCUGAGAGCCUCACCAGAUGCUGCUGAGAACUUCAGGCUGACAAUUCCCUUGCUGGUCAAGGGAAAACUUUAUUUAAAUAAGUGUUUCAAAACCUUCUAAGUUAAUAAAGUGAAACAAAAUUCUAGAGUUUCUCAGGUCAAACCCUGCUGUAAUGAGUAGCUAUGAAUGGAUGCUAUUAUUUGGGGUGGGUAUAUAGUGUGCAUGACUGCCACGGGAACCUGCAGAAAUCACAGGUUUAGAAUUUACCAAGCUGGUGGAAUGUUAACAGUGUCCCAGCACUCCUGUCACUCUCUUAAUAAAGGUUGGGUUAUGCAGGUUUAACCCUUAGAAUUGCUGCAGAUCAUUUUAAACUACACCCCAUUACAUUCCUUUCAUUACCAAAAUGAAAAUGGUAGAAAUCUUAGGGGUUAGAAUUACGUUAUAAUGAAGCAUGAAAUAGACUGUAAGAUGUCUACAUCCCAUUUCACUCCUGCAUUUGAAAAAAAAAAACCUGAUCAAGCAACUAAAUCAAAUUUCCAUACAUAAUGGGAUCUACCUAACAUUCAUCUGCUGUGACUCAAACAUGAGUAAGUUAAGAAUCAAAAGAUCAAAUCUACCAAAUCCUUACUAAUCAUGCAGUAGUGGAUAUAUCACCAAUAACAGCAGCACAAUGCAAGGUUUGUGGAAAGCAUACUUUUCCAGUAUCUUUAAUAAAGUUCCAUUUAAAUAAAAUUAAGAUAGUCACAGAAGCAUUGAGAAUAGCAAACUAAUUGUUUACUAUAUGCCAGGAUAGGCAUAUAGCAUUGGUACACUGCCAUCAGCUACAAAAAUUGUUGGCUCCCUGCAGCAUAUUUUAUAGGAUCUGCAGAGCUAAUCAGAGAUUUCUAGGAGAUGGAGGUAAGGGGAAGAAUUUCUGCAAAACUAGUUAGAUGUUUUGCAAUAACUUGAUGACAUCCAUAGUGGAAAUUGCAUGAAUUUGCCACUGUUUUGAGCUAACAGCUUUGUAUAUUUCUGGGUUGUGGGACAAACAAAGUGAAAAAAGAAAAAGCUCAAAAAAAAAGUAUUCUGACUAUCUAAGGUAGCUCUAGUUUCCUUAUGUUGGUAUCCAUUAUGGAAAAUAGUGUCCUUCAAAUCUUUUAUAUCUUUAAUAUGGUGGAGAGGAGGAGAAUUGGGUGGGUUAAUACAGCUUGGAGAGACCUGUUUUUCUUCCUCAGUAGAAAGUGAUGUGUACUAAUAUGUAACACACAGUGAAAGGAUUUGGGGACUGCUAAAAUUAAUAGCACAUUUAAGUGGCCUGGUCUUACUUGAAUCCUGACGAAUGCACUGUGAAUGCAGACAAUACAUCUUACAAGAGAUGGCCAUAAUAGCACUUUUCACUUUCAAAAAUAUCAUGUAUAAACUUGAUCUGUAAAUUCUGAUUGUUAGUAAUGUGGCUGGCAAACCAAACUGUUCAUGUUUAAACUACCCUUCCUGAGAGUCUAGAUUGAUUUUCAGCUGUGUGUAUGAAGAGCAAUGGUUGCAGCUGCAGGAUGAGUAUGAUAUCCAUGCUUGUGUGAAGUUUUAUGACAACUUCCAAAUUGUAGGUUGUAGGGACUUUUUAGGAGGAGCACGAGAGAUCUUGGAGCAUUUAGGAUGCAUGUUCUGGAAAAUUAGUUGUGUGAAAUUCAUCUGUAUGUUGAACCCUUGCUUCAAGUGAGUAAAGAUGUAUUUCAAAUGUUCAAGUAGCAAUCUGCCUGUAGGUUAGACUUUUCAUAUUAUGGCAUUGUUUAGAUUUAACUUGAAGACACUGCACUGCACAAUGGAAGAAAAUUGAUUUAACCUUAGGCUCUCUCAUACCUCAGUCCAGCCAAAGUUGAUGAAGUUGUCACCAGAAAGAGUUUGAGAUUUUUGUUAGCUACUAGUACAUAGACUGGGCAUUACAGACUGUGCAUCCUCUCAGCUGCAAGACUCCUGGCACAAUUUAUUUGCAGCUCAAGCAUAAAAAAAAAGGUUUGAAAACUGAAGAAAAAUAGAUGCCUAGAAUGUAGAAGUGAAAAUGAAAUCUCCAAGAUGCCUAUUUGGUCUUGCCCAAGAUGCUCAAAGUACUGGAAGCAGUACUCUAUAUCUUAGAUAUAAGAACUACUGGAGAUCUACCUAACCAGGCUCAGCAAUUUACAUAAUACAAAACUUUGGUGGGGUCAUAUCAUUCAGUGUCUGAAUGCAGCCUGAUCAGUGAAUUUUGAAAAUAUUUACUAGAAACUAAACUGCAGUUGUGGCAAAGACAUUCUGUGUCUCUCACUGCCCUGCGUACCACUAUCCAAAAAUUUACACUGCCACAGGAAACCUUCCUGUUACUUGCAGUUAGUCAAGGCACAUAAAUGCUACAGCCUUUCUAAACUCCAUCACUUGCCAUGGAACAAUAUUCCACAUUAGUGAGAUUCAGAUCUUUGAACAGAACAUCAGUGCGCUAUAAUAAAUGCUUUUUUUUUUCAUUUUCUAGAAAAAAAAUUGUGUACCUUAGCAGAAAAUUUAUAAGGAAUCCUGUUACAAGUCUUGUGUAAUGAAAAAGACACCCUGAAUGAACAGAACAUGUUUAUUAAGACAAGGGCCCACUUUAAGGAGAUCUUACUAAGCACUAACUGUGUUUUAUUUUUUGAUGACUGAAAUUUUGAAUAUUUAGCACAAUAAGAUCUAUACAGUGAAAAGAACAUUAUCUGGUAUGAUCCAUGACUCGUCAGACAAUAGAGAAUCACCAAAACAUUUUGGCUUCAUCACUAUCUCUCGGAAAAAAAUGAAAGGGAGAAAAGUUGUACCACAUAUGCACACGCAACCAAAAAGUGUGGCAUGCAAAUCAAGAGGACAAAGGCACUCCAAAUUGUGUCUUAUAACAGUUGUAGCAGAUGUUUAACAUGAGAUAUACUGGCAAAAAUGAGAGUACCUUUAAAAAGAACUUAAUACAAAUAGACAUCUAUAACUGUGAGGCGAAUCCUGUCUUCCACUGAUUUCAGUAAGGUUUUAUGAUUAGGGACCUACCAAAAUCAAGGGGGCAGGUGGGUGAUUUUGCAGGCCAAUCACUUGCUUGCUGCCAUUUUUGUGUUAUUUUGCAGUGAGCUCCCCUCUCUCCCCCGCCUCCCCCGCACACACACAUACACAGUGUUGACUGGCUAUGGGCCCUGGCGGUAGCCCUGGUCCUUGUUACUGAUUGGCUGAGGGUUGUUCUUCAGGCAGCCCCAUCCAUCGCCACUGAUUGCCCAAAAGCACUGGCAUUCAUGCAGUUUUGCCCCUUGUUGCUGAUUGGUGCAGAGGGGUGGGGCCUCAUGAAGGGCAGCCCUUUUGGCCAAUCAGCAGCAGAAGGAGGAGAGGGCAACUAACAUCUCAGCUCCCUCUCUGUUUGCUGGGAAGCCAUGAGAACUGGGGAGCCAGCAUUUUAUUUUCAGUAAGCCCCGCUCCUGCUACCCAGCAAUUCUGCCAAAAGUCACAAGGAAUGCUGUUUUCAUGGAAACCACCUCAAAUUGCAGUUUCCAUGAAAAAAAAUUUCAAUUUGAGUAGGUCCCUAUUUAUGACUGAUUUUAUGUUUAGAAAUUCUGCAAGCCAUCCCACAGCUUUAUCCUUCAAACCCAAUCCUAUAAACAUUUGCAUGAUUGCUGGGUACGUUCUACUGCCUUAAUUGCACCCAGGGACCCUGCCAGAAUAUUCAGCUGCAGCUUGUGGCUCUCUCAAAUGAGACUCAGGCCCUUAGAAAGCUGCUAUAGAGCUAUCUUUUUGUUAAUUACUGUUAAAAAUGCUAUAAAAUAUUGCUUUGUAUCACUUCAAAAACACUAUUUACAAUUGGUUCUAUGUGUAUUUUGGACCAGGUCUUCAGGAGGUGUAAACUGAUGUUUCAUUGAUUUACACCACCUGAUGAUCUGGCCCUACACCUUUUGUGUUUUUCAACACACCUUCUUUUGGGUUUGCAUUACAUGUACAUAGAAACAAAAUUGUUAUUUGAUAAGAGCGUAUUGCAACUUGUCAUUAAUUCUUCACUUUAUGGGCACUACAGUCUAUUUGCAACAUUGAAAUUGACUGGUGCAGAAGUUAGAGCAGGGGAGAUAUGAUCGCAGUUGAAGAAACUGAAAUAACUAACAUGUGCUGGUAAAACUUUUAAAUCACACUUGCUUUCAUGAGUACAUCCAAAGUGUAGUGGGAAAAAAAAGAAAAGGCAUGUGAGCACCAUUGUUCCUAAAUAGUAUGAUUUUCAAAUGUGUCCAAGAGCAUCAGCAGCUGUUUAAUCUGUCAGCCUGACUGACAUGUCGGCUGGCAUCUUGCUGCAGAAGUCCUGACAUUGUGACAAGAUUUCAUUAUUUAUUACUUGUGAUCUGAUUUCACAAAUUCAGGUUGUUUUAAGUUUUUUAAUAGCACGCUAUAAUGUCAUAGUGUAUGUCUAGCCUGAAUAAAUUAGUUUAUACAUUUAUGAUCUUUAAACAUUAAAUGAUCUUUAAACAUUAAAAUGCUAAAUCUUCAAAACUAGUCACAGUGAUAUAAGCAAUCGCUAUGUGCUAGAUAUAAACUAGCCUAGUAAAAUGACAGGUGCCUCCAUCACAUAAGUUCUAUCACAAUUGAUAUUAGUUUGCAUCCUUGCUGGCAGUCUCAGGAGAUGACUGAAUUAGCAUUACCCUCUCAGCCUGUCCAGCAAGGACUGGCUUGAAAGCAUGUUAGCAGGGUAGUACUGAGAGGUUUGCAGUGUUAUUGUGACCCAUAUAGUACCAUUUUUUGUGAAUAAAAGGCUUUAGUCUCUGCUGAUGUCAAUCCAGCAUCUUUUUGUGAGUACACAAACUCUACAUGGUAUCUUCAUUUCAAAUUUUCUGUUAAGGUGGCUACAAGAACUGCUUCAAAGCUUUGAACCUUACAGACUGACUUGAAGCUAUUUUAUUUGCUAGCUGGUACUAGACAAACAGUACUACUGCUUACAAACUAGGCUGGCUAAGACCAAGCUAAGACACCUAGCUAACCUUCCAAUAAAUGUUGUUUCUGUUAAUACAAAGAGUACAAAGAUCCCAAAAUGUUAUCCUUGUUUAUUAUAAAGUCAUUGUCUCUGAAAAUGAUCUUACAGUGUAGUCAAAUGAAGAGUUGCAUUAACUUUUAAGUAGAGGCUGAUGGUGCAUAUGUGGUUUAACAUGAGAAAUACCUUACCAUUUUUGGAGAUACCAAAGGUUCACCAAACUUUUUGUUCCCAAAUAAUAGUUCUCCCCUGGAAAACUCUGGAUGAAUCAGUAAACUAUUUUAAUGGAUUAAUCAUUUUACAGUGUUUUCUAGUUAAGGGUUUUAUUCUGGAACUGAACUGGAUUUGGUACACCUAUGGCUAGUUGCUGGCAUUAUUUAUGACCAUGUUUAAUAACCAACAUGGCUCUUUUUGUAACUCACAGAUGAGUAUUGUAAUCCUACAAUACUCCCCUGCUGGACUCUUAAAAUUGUGUGACAGGAUUUCUGCAUGCUGAUGGGCUGACAAUCACUAUCUGUGAGUGCUGCUUCAAGAAGCUGCCUUUUUAACCUGACCAUUUGAGGAAAUGUUGGUGAUAUCUGUCUAACUAUCUUAAAUAUUUAUGAAGUUCCAAUCAUCUUAUUAUUGUUUAUUAUCUCAGUAAUGUUGUAGGUAAGAAAAGAUGGUCCUUGCUCCAAAGUUCUUACAACUUGAUUUCAGACAACAGAAGAAUAAAGACAACAGGAAAGAGGUGGGGAAAGAAGCUAGUAAAGCAAUAAAACUAAGUAAUGAUGUUUAUAGCAUAGUAAAAUAGAGUUGGGGGUUUUUAAAGUAAUGUACAAAAAUAGUUGUCUAUGCUUAUUUGCUUCUUGAUGUAGAAGAGGAUAUAUGAAUCGGGAAAAAGUAAUGGCCUUAUGGACCAGGCCUGAAAGGAAAGCUUUUGUUUAGCAAGAGACAUGGGAAAAGGCACAGUGACAAUGGUUGGAGAAGCAGAAACCGACAGGGUAUGAUGGCUGGCAUAAUGAGUAGUGUAGAGAAGUGAAAGAAGGUAUUUAUGGGACACAUUUAGAUAAAUAAUGCUAGUAUAUAAAUGACAUUUGCAAGAGUGAUGGAAAACUUGGCUCUCACCAAGUUCAACCUUAUUCUUGAUCUUUUUUAAAGGAUGAACUGAUAUAAUUAAAGUAAGCUUUGACACUUCAAGCCUGAGACUCCCAAACUGUACAGAAUCACAGGCAAAACAAAAUUUUAAUAUGUCUGCAGGUCAGCCCUGAACAUCCUGAUCUGAUUGGCACAAUAAAUGAUUAGGUAUAAUCUACCCAGAAGCCCCAAAUGGUACCAGAAUUAGAAUAAACUCUCUGUUUUCUCUUGUAGCAUGGGAUCAGAUGGGCUUUGGAUUCAUUCGGUAAAAUAGACAGGUUGGUAACCUAGAGGAAUGAAUGACAAUAAAGAACUCAAAUUAGAAAAAUCAGGGAUUGUGAGUUGGAACCGAGAAAGUUAUGAGGCUGGAUAGUGAAGUUAUCACUUGCCAGUUUAGUUAGAGAGGGGGAGGACCAUGGGUCAAGUAAGCUUUGAUAUUUCCUGGAUGUAAAAGGGUGUGGAAAGGGACAUUCGAAGAUCAACCAUUGGAAACUCCGCAUCCCUGGGCACUGCCUUUGUGGGGUGGCACAAAACAGUAGAAUAACAUGGAGUGGGGCAGGGACCACCAGCCUCAGGUGCCAAUUUUGGUAGGGGUGCCAGAAUUGUGCCCCCACCCCCACAGUGCCCAUACCCUAGCAGCAGAAGCAGCCCCAUGACAUUGCACUUCCAACAAUAGCCAGUUCACAGACCAUGCUGCUGUUACAGGCCCAACAUCAGGGUUGGGCUGGUCCUGCCAUUCUCAGAAUGCUCUGCCCCCCUGGGACUCAGAGGACGUUACACAGAUUUUCCAGGAGCUGCUGGUCCAGAUCACUACCAGUUAGCUCUUUGCACUUGCUGUCUGGAGCAAGAAUAUAUACCGGUAUGUUUCUCUCCCGGCAUCACUUACUGGAUCCAGGACCAAACAGACUCUCUGUAUCAAAUUUACACUCUGAUGGGAGUUUGUUUUUAUCCCUUUUUCCCCUAUUCUCUUUAUUCUUUUUCCUGAUUUUCCUUCCUUCUUUCCUUGCCUUCAGAUCUGUAGGAUCCUGCCUAUCAGGAAUAAUGAUCUUUCUUUCCUCACUUUACAGCAGGGAAAAGGGAUGUUUCUUCUCCAUCAAAUCCCUUUCCUGAGAUAAUAGUAACGGAAGCUACUUUGAUCUCUGCUUGACUGGAGGAGCUUCAGCAGCUUACCAUCAGCCUUAGGGACCCCCAGUCUCUCUGCCUGCAGCCUGUGCCCCAGACAUGGUGAAUUUAUCCUGCUGCUACUUGUGCACAAGCCAGUAAUUUAUCAAAGCAAUGAUGCUGGGGAUUUUCAUCCUUCCAGCUCAGUCUCCCUACAGAUCCUGUCUCUGACAGAACCACAUUUUCCAAUGCAACAGGACAGAUGUUGUUGUAUCUUUGAGACUGGACAGUUCCCUAGGCUGGAUUAACAAUAUUUGAUAGGAGGGAUUCCACCUCCUGUCUCAUCCUUAAAUACUAGAAUUGUAUUCUAGAACUGGAUCUGUAAAUCCAGUGGAAAAGAAUUGUGUAAAAAUGGCAGUAUCUUACUCAAAUGAUCUGCUUCAUUGUAUGUGUAUUCACAUCUGCUUCAUUUGGUGACAAAAAUAGGUGUGCAUGAGUUUUGUACUUACUCCUAGUAACAGGGGACCGCCCGUGGCCCCUGUUCCAAGAGCUAGGAGAGAAUGGAAGAAUACUUAUCAGAGGUGAGCCCACCAUGCUUCGUGGAUUCCCAAUGAUGUCAGACACUGAGAGGGAAAUCCCAGCAACACAGAGGUCCUCUGCUGGAGCCAACGCUGAUUGACCACCAGCUCAGAAGAACCUGUUGAAGAGAAAGCCAGCAGUGAGUCAUUUACCAGAGAGAGGAAAGAGAGGCACCUGGAGGGAGCUGCUGAAAGUCGGUACAGAGGAUUGAUAGAGACUAAGGAAACGCUGGCCGAGUGAGGCAGGUUUGGAUGGACCAUGAUGAACUUAUAACUGUGGUGAGUCAUCCAGGAAGACAAACCCAGAGAAGGGUGACAAGAGAAGCCUAUCAGCAAGUGACCCAGAUGUAUAGUAAAAAAGACUGUGUUAGUAAAAACUGGGACAACUGGGAAAAUGGGACUGGUAUCAGAGGGAAGGGUCCAGAGGACCACAGACACCCCGAGGUUUAGAGUUGACUGGGACCCAGUUCCCUGGCAGGACUGUUACAGGGGAGACGCAGGUCCUAGACAAGGACAAUUUUAUAAAUGGGAGACCCUCCCCUUGGGCCGGAGAAGGCGGGGAGAGAAAAGAGAUCACCCAUCUCAAGGAACAGAGGGAGGGUGUGACUGUUGAAAGAGCAAGCAAGGCUAACGACCCUCAUUCCUGAGGAAGAGAGGCUCAAUUAACUAGAAUCACACUAAUUCAACGCUGGUUGGGACAGGGCAGAGGGUAAGGGAGGUAGAGCCUGCGGCAGAAGCCAGAGCACCAAUAUCUUACCACUAUUCUAGCGGUUGCCAAUCUCCUUUCACAUGUUAUCUUUCUCCUAAAAAAGGGUGGUGGGCAAAUGAGGAAGACAGUGAUAAGAACAGCAGGCACCGAGGAGGCACCCGCCCACACUCCUGUUAACACUACAGCACCCACACAGCUACAGGAGAGUGAGCUGGAUGCUUUUCCACACUCUGCAUAAUAAAAGAAUGAUACUGUACUAAGGCAAACCUAUCACAAGCCACUGAAGAGUUAGAAGUGUAACUGAAAGGUGUUUGGCAUCCAGAAGUUUUACUAGUUGCAAUGAAGUAACCCAUCAAUGUGUGUGUGUGACCCAUAGAGAAUAUGAGGCUGAGACAACCCCAGGUAGAAAAAGCCGUGUUUAAAAUGGAUCAGCUCUUGCUUUUAGCUUUAGAGUGCUAGAGUGUGUUCCUAGAGUGUCAGCCAAAACAGUAGCUGUCCAAGAUGUGCAAGAAGCAAAGAACUCAUCUUGGCUCUUGGAGCUCAAGAUAAGUUUGCAGACUGGUAGUUAGAACAAGAGCUUUGUUAAUCACAAACAUAGAAUAUUUUAUAUGAAAAUAACAGGAUUACAAACAGCGUGGAACCUUGCAAUAUUAUUUCUACAAAAUCACUUCUGUGCACCUAAUCUACCUGAGUAGAACCUUGGUCCUGCCCUUCCAUUUAAGGAAUUCCUGGGAGGUCUGAGAAUAAAUGCAAAAUCUCCACAUCUGAGUUGCUGAAAGGACCGAUGUCUGAGGGGACAUUCCUCACAUGAAAGAAGAAGGUCUCACAGAUCAACUCCAAUUUUUGACUUCCACAUCCUUGGCUUCCUGCCUUGUUACAGUGUAGACCUCCAAGCCACAGCCAGAGAUACCUGGUUAAGGGACAGUGUUUGCAUCUGAGCCCAGCCAAUUAAAUCUUCAUAACCAAAAAGUUGACAGAAUUUAACCAAGGCUCCAGUGGCUAUUCCCUCCCUUUUCAUGUCUAAGAAAAUGUUGAUCAUAUGACUAUCCAUCUUCUUCCUGUGGUGAAAAGCUGUAUGCCUCAACCCUCUCAAAGUUUCUAUAAAUUCCUUUCUUGAUUUCCUUAAGCAGUUCAACUUUGGACUAACUUUCAGUUGCCUGUGGGUAUAUGCAUCAUCUAUUGAAGCUCUGUGCUCCACUGCUUUUUGGAUAAUGUGGUAAUCCAUACACCCAUCUCUGAUUUUUUAAAGCAAUCAAAUGCAAACUCCUCCCUGUGACUGCCAUAUACCUGGUACCCAAAUGGCAGUUCUAUCCAAAAAAAGCUCUUUGAAUAUCUGGGAUACUUUCUUACAAUCAAAAUAGCUUCCUUGACAUUGAUCUCCUCUUCCAUGAACAUUAGUAAGGAUACUUUUCUUCUGUUCUUUCAAGAUUGUCCAUCAUAUUACUCCUGAGUGUACCUCCAGCGUUCACUCAGCAUUUCACAACAUCCUGGAGAAGUAUGCCCUGAGAUACAAGUAACAGUGAAAUUUAAAGAGCCAAUGACCAUGCUUGGAGAGAAAUUUACUAAUCCUACUCCCUUCAAUUUGUAGGCAAUGUUAGCCAGUGGUGUUCUAACCUGAUGGAUAGUCAGUCAAGAAUAAUUAGCAGGUAAGAGAAAGUUGUCUAAUUUCCAAAGUGUUGAGAGUAUAAUGAACUUUGAUUACCAUAAUUUGUUUAACAUAGUUUUCUGAAAUAAUGGGAAAAUACUAUUUUUCGUAUGUGUGUAUUUAAGGUAUUUGACAAUGAACUAUAAAUAAUAAUAUAUAUUAUAAUAAUUGAAAACAUACACUUCUGUGCUGACUAGUCUAAGAUAGUUGGCUUAGAUGUUAUUUAAUAACAACUGUAGAUGCUCUGAUCAGCUUACUGAUGUAUUAAAAUAACAUUUUAGUGAAAAGCUUAUGGAGUUUACAGGGAGCACAUGUCUGUAAGUUACUGGACUGUACUAGACUGUACUGAAGAUCCUAAAAUAUGGAAUAAAAAUUGUACACGUCUGUUUUAUAUUAAAUUGUAUUAAAUUAUGGGAUUAAAGAAAAAUAUUAAGUACAGUGUCCAAAAAAUUACCAUGAGUUGAAUUAAUAAAUACC